UGAGUAGGCCAACAUUAGACGGGAUAGGCUGACUGGUUCGGUAUCUGCGCCUCCAACAGAACCAGUCUCCUCCCCUAAAGUUGAUGUGAAAGAGAGAACAUUAUGCUGUCUGAACACGGGAAGAAGUUGGGUUCAUAAACUAAAUCGGCAGUUUGUUUACAGUAACUCCAAGUUUUUCCUUUGUCGUCUUUUUGUAAUUUUGACUGGUAAAAACGGGAAAACAUGUCUCGUUUCUGGGCGGUGUUGUUCGCAAUUUGACGAGUGAUACGCAGGAUUGUUGCCAAGAUACAUUGUAACGUGUCAGAGGGAUAACAUAAUCAAACCAAGACGGCUGUAUGUCCCUGGAAAGACGACUUUUGGACAGAAUUAAGCGAAAAUGUCAGACAACAGAUCUAGUUUUCUUCAUAUUGGAGACAUUGUGUCGCUGUACGCAGAAGGCACUGUCAAUGGCUUCAUCAGUACAUUGGGGCUUGUUGAUGACAGGUGUGUGGUGCAGCCCGAUGCAGGAGACCUGGCCAAUCCGCCCAAAAAGUUCAGAGACUGCCUGUUCAAGGUGUGUCCGAUGAACAGGUACUCUGCUCAGAAGCAGUUCUGGAAGGCCAAACAGGGCAAACAAGGCAACAACAACACACAAGAAGACCUAUUCAAGAAGUUACAGCAUGCAGCAGAACUGGAACAGAAGCAGAAUGAGACGGAGAAUAAGAAGCUGCUGGGAGAGGUGGUAAAGUACAGUAACGUCAUCCAGCUUCUGCAUAUAAAGAGUAACAAGUACUUGACGGUGAACAAGCGUCUGCCAGCGCUGCUGGAGAAGAAUGCCAUGCGUGUGUCUCUGGACCCAGCCGGCAAUGAGGGCUCCUGGUUCUACAUCCAGCCCUUCUGGAAACUCCGCAGCGAGGGGGAUAACGUGGUGGUGGGAGACAAGGUGGUCCUGAUGCCCGUAAACGCAGGGCAGCCUCUCCACGCCAGCAACAUUGAGCUGCUAGACAACGCCGGCUGCAAGGAGGUGAACGCUGUGAACUGCAACACCAGCUGGAAGGUCACUCUGUUCAUGAAGUUCAGUGACUACAGAGAGGACGUCCUCAAAGGAGGUGAUGUGGUGCGCCUGUUCCACGCUGAACAAGAGAAGUUCUUGACAUGUGACGAAUACAGGAAUCAGCAGCACAUCUUCCUCAGGACCACCCUGAGACAGUCUGCCACCUCUGCCACCAGCUCCAAAGCACUCUGGGAAAUAGAGGUUGUGCACUACGACCCCUGCAGAGGAGGUGCCGGCCAGUGGAACAGCCUGUUUCGCUUCAAACACCUGGCCACUGGAAACUACCUGGCUGCAGAGAUUAACCCUGAUUUCCGGGAUGAAAGUGUGGAUUCUAAAGCAGAGGUGAAUCAGACGGAGACAGAUACAGCGUACUCCAAGAGGAAGCGUCAGGCUGCAGAGAAGAUAGCCUGCACCCUGGUGUCUGUGCCCCAUGGCAACGACAUCGCCUCUUUGUUUGAGCUGGAUGCCACCACGCUGCAGAUGGCUGACUGUCUGGUGCCCAGGAACUCGUACGUACGGCUGAGACACCUAUGUACCAACACCUGGGUGAGCAGCACCAACUUCCCCAUCGACGCUGAGGAGGAGCGCCCCGUCAUGCUCAAGAUUGGCACGUGCCCUACGAAGGAGGACAAGGAGGCAUUUGCUAUUGUCUCUGUACCCCUGUUUGAGGUUCGAGACCUGGACUUUGCCAACGAUGCCAACAAGGUCCUAGAGUCGACUGUGAAGAAGCUGCAGUAUGGCAACAUUGCUCAGAACGAGAGGAGGUUUGUGACCAAGCUGUUGGAGGACCUGAUCUUCUUUGUGUGCGAGGUCCCCAACAACGGUCAGGACGUGCUGUCUGUGGUCAUCUCCAACCCCAACAGGGAAAGGCAGAAACUAAUGAGGGAACAGAACAUUCUAGCCCAGAUUUUUGGUAUUCUGAAGGCUCCAUUCACGGACCAGGGGGAGGGUCCCAUGCUGAAGCUGGAGGACUUGGGGGACCAGCGCUACGCUCCCUUUAAGUACAUGCUGCAGCUGUGCUACCGGGUGCUGCGCCACUCCCAACAGGACUACCGCAAGAACCAGGAGUACAUAGCCAAGAAGUUCUCCAUCAUGCAGUCUCAGAUCGGUUAUGAGAUCCUGGCGGAGGACACAAUUACAGCUCUGCUCCACAACAACCGCAAGCUGCUGGAGAAACACAUCACAGCCAAGGAGAUCGAGACCUUCGUCAAACUGCUGCGACGCAACCGAGAGCCCAGGUUUCUGGACUAUCUGUCAGACCUGUGUGUGUCCAAUAAGACGGCCAUUCCAGUGACACAGGAGCUCAUCUGUAAAUUCAUGCUGAACUCCGCCAAUGCUGACAUCCUCAUCCAGACCAAGCUAAUCCCCAACACAGAGACAUCCCUGGAGUCGUCCUUGCUGCUGGAGGACACAGAGGAGGAGGAGGUGUGGCUCUACUGGAUCGACAGCCACAAGGAGCCGCACGGCAAGUCCAUCCGCCACCUGGCCCAGGACGCCAAGGGCAACCACAAGCUGGACAGUGACAUCAUCACCUACUACAGAUACCAGCUCAACCUGUUUGCCAAGAUGUGUCUGGACCGCCAGUACCUGGCCAUCAACCGGUUGUCCAGCCAGCUGCCCGUGGAACUGAUCCUGCGCUGCAUGUUUGACGACUGCCUGCCCUACAACCUGCGCGCCUCCUUCUGCCGCCUCAUGCUGCACAUGCACGUGGACCGCGAGCCCCAGGAGGCCGUGGUGGCCGUGCGCUACGCCCGCCUCUGGACCGAAAUCCCCUCCAAGAUCACCAUCCAUGAGUAUGAGUAUGAGUUCAGAGACACCUCCAGAGAGGAGAUGAAGAGGAAGUUUGCCCCCACCAUGGAGUUUGUAGAGGAAUACCUCAAAGACGUGGUCAGCCAACCCUUUCCCUUUGAAGACAAAGAGAAGAAUGAACUGACUCUGGAGGUGGUACAUCUGGCCCGUAACCUGGUCUACUUUGGCUUCUACAGCUUCAGUGAGCUGCUGCGACUCACACGUACCCUCCUGGCCAUACUGGACUUUGUCCAGCACCCGCUCACCUACAUGGACAAGCUCAGCAAGAGUCCCGAGGCAGGAAACAACGUGUUGCGUACCAUCCACGGCGUGGGGGAGAUGAUGACACAGAUGGUGCUGAGUAGAGGGUACGUCCUGCCUCACCACCUUCCCGACACGCCCCCGUCCCUCCAGCACGGAAUACAACCCUUCCUUCUGCCCGACAACGAAGAUGUCAUGGUCAUGGAUACCAAGCUCAAAAUCAUUGAGAUCCUACAGUUCAUCCUGAGUGUGCGGCUGGACUACAGGAUCACCUACUUGCUAUCCAUCUAUAAGAAAGAAUUUGGCGACAGGAAUCUACCGGACAGCUCUAUGUCGGUGUCUGAAUUCCCCUCCAUGUCAGAUCCAGACAUAGAUGAGAUUGCAGCCAAAGCAGAGACCAUGUUUGCUGGAAGUUCAGAGUGUAGUGCUGUGGAGCUGGAUGACGAAGGGGGUAGGACCUUCCUGAGGGUGCUGAUCCAUCUCAUCAUGCAGGACUACCCCCCACUGGUCUCAGGCUCGCUGCAGCUCAUGUUCAAACACUUCAGCCAGAGAGCAGAGGUCCUACAGGCCUUCAAACAGGUCCAGUUGCUGGUGUCGGAGCAGGAUGUAGAGAACUACAAGCAGAUCAAGACAGACCUGGACCAGCUAAGGCUGACGGUGGAGAAGUCUGAACUGUGGGUGGAGAAAAGUGGAGCCUACGGCAGUGAGGACAUAGGAGAGAGUCAGGGCAAGGAGCAGACCAUGGAGGAGGCUGGAAUCCUGAGCCCAGUACAGGGUGGGGAUGUGAAGCCCCAGAUAGACAGCAACAAAGCCAACAACUACAACAUUGUCAAAGAGAUCCUGCUGCGGCUCAGUAAGCAGUGUUACCCCGGGAAAAAGAGUCGUGUGCAGCAGCAGAGGCUACUGAAGAACAUGGGUGCUCACACUGUGGUGCUGGACCUGCUCCAGAUACCUUAUGAGAAGAGUGAUAAGAAGAUGAAUGAGAUCAUGACACUGGCCCACGUGUUCCUGCAGAACUUCUGUAAAGGGAACAGCCAGAACCAGGUUCUGCUCCACAAACACCUCAACCUGUUCCUCACACCAGGGCUCCUGGAGGCUGAGACCAUGCGCUACAUCUUCAUGAACAACUUCUAUCUGUGCAACGAUAUCAGUGACCGUGUGGUCCACCAUUUUGUUCACUGCAUCGAGACGCACGGCCGACACGUCCAGUACCUCAAGUUCCUCCAGACCAUCGUUAAGGCCGACGGGAAGUAUGUCAAGAAGUGCCAGGACAAGGUCAUGACCGAGCUGGUGAACGGUGGCGAGGACGUGCUGGUGUUCUACAACGACCGCUCCUCCUUCCCGGUGCUGUUCCAGAUGAUGGGCUGCGAACGGGAGCGUGGGGACGAGGGCGGAGCCCUGGCCUACCACAACACCCUGGUAGAGCUCCUCGCUGCCUGCACCGAGGGCAAAAACGUCUACACUGAGCUGAAAUGUAACUCCCUGCUGCCCCUGGAUGACAUCGUCAAGGUGGUCACCCACGAUGACUGCAUCGCUGAGGUGAAGACGGCUUACGUGAACUUUGUGAACCACUGCUAUGUGGACACGGAGGUGGAGAUGAAGGAGAUCUACACCAGCCACCACAUCUGGAAGCUCUUUGAGAACUUUCUGGUGGACAUGGCACGGGUGUGCAACAGCACCACGGACCGUAACCAUGCCGACGUUCCCCUGGAAAUGUAUGUGAUUGAGACAGUAAUGGCCAUCGUCAAGGGCUUCUUCAGCUCCCAGUUCCCUGUCAACAACUCCAACCUGCAGACCCACCAGCCCAUCUUCAUCAAGCUGCUCCAGUCUUCCUUCAGGAUCUAUAACUGCACCUGGAUCAGCUCGGCCCAGAAGAACAACAUUGAGGGCUGCAUCAAAACACUGGCUGACGUGGCCAAGGCGCGUGCCAUAGCCAUACCGGUGGAUCUGGACAGCCAGGUGAACACUCUGUCUCUGAAGGCCCACACCAAUGUGGUGCAUCGUGCCGCCAAGGACUGGAGGAUCUCAGCACGCACCCGGCCCCGAAAGGAGACCCUAGGAGGGCCCGACUACAAGAGCAUCAUCGAGAAGCUGCAGGGUGUGGUGGCAUGUCUAGAGGAGCAGUUCAGUCCUAAGGUCCAGGCCGAGUUCUCUGUGUUGGUGGAUGUACUACACAGCCCUGAGCUGUUGUUCCCAGAGGCUGCCAGACUGCGCUGUGAGAGUGGAGCCUUCAUGUCCAAACUGAUCAAACACACCAAGAAGCUGAUGGACAAAGAGGAAAAACUGUGCAUUAAGAUCCUGCAGACACUUAGAGAAAUGCUGGACAAGAAGGAGGCCUUCGAUGAGCCUGUGAGUACUGAUCCAGACAUGGGAAAUGUGUUAAGGCAUAUUCUCCUCACUCGCUACUUUGGAAAUCAAAGGCUUCUCUCCAAAUCAGAGUUUGGGAGCGGGAACAGCUCGGCUGGAGGCUUUGGAGGUGGCUCUCUGGUCCAGGACUCUGACAAGCCGAGCAGCAGCAUGGUGGACAUCCAGUGUCUGCUUGACAGUGAGGGAGCCUCAGAGCUGGUCAUAGACCUCAUUGUCAGUACCAAGAACGAUCGCGUGUUCCAGGAGAGCAUCCUGCUAGGCAACGCCCUGCUGCGGGGGGGAAACACUCAGAUACAGAACUCGUUCUACCACCAGCUGCACAAGCAGAAAAAGUCGGAGCGCUUCUUCAAGGUGUUCUAUGACCGCAUGCGUCUGGCCCAGCAAGAGAUCCGGGCCACUGUGUCCGUCAACAUGUUCGAGGUCAGCACCUGCAGGAAGAGAGAGGAGGACGUCGACGUCAGUCACAGUGGAAUCCGGCUCAGGAAAACAGCGAAAGACUCUUCCCUUCACAUGAAAGACAACAUGCGUGGCCAGUUGAAGGAGGCGUCCUCAGCCACCUCCAAGGCCUUUGUCUCCUUCCGGAAGGAUCUGGACACAGACCUGGAGGUGCUGGAUGGCCAGGCCGGUGAUGGGCCCGGGGGAGGGGGCGAGGAGAGGGAGGAAGAGGCCCAGAUGAGCCCGGCCAUCACCAUCAUGAAGCCUAUCCUGCGAUACCUCCAGCUGCUCUGUGAGAACCACAACAGGAACCUGCAGAACUUCCUGCGGAACCAGAACAACAAGACUAACUACAACCUAGUGUGUGAGACUCUGCAGUUCCUGGACAUCAUGUGUGGUAGCACCACGGGAGGCCUGGGCCUGCUGGGCCUCUACAUCAAUGAGGGCAACGUGGACCUUGUCCGGCAGACCCUGGAGACAAUCACAGAGUACUGCCAGGGGCCUUGCCCAGAGAACCAGUCCUGUAUAGCCAAGCACGAGUCCAACGGAAUCGAUAUCAUCAUAGCUCUGAUAGUCAACUCCAUCAACCCCUUGGGGAAGAAUCGAAUGGACCUGGUGCUGGAACUCAAGAACAACGCCUCCAAGCUGCUGCUGGCAAUCAUGGAGAGUCGCCAUGACAGCGAGAACGCCGAGAAGAUCCUUUACAAGAUGAGGCCCAUGGAGCUGGUGGAUGUGAUGAAGGAGGCGUAUGCCCAGGGGCUGGAGAGUGAAGCUGAGGAGAACUCUAUAGGAGACCAGAUCAAACCAAAAGACGUAGGACACAACAUCUACAUCCUGGCCCACCAGCUAGCCAGACACAGCAAGUUCCUGCAGCAGAGCUUGAGGCCGCCAGCGGCGGGGCUGCUGCUGAACGAUGACACGGAGGGAGACGACGCCCUUGGUUACUAUGCCAACCACACCGCUCAGAUAGAGAUUGUGCGUCAUGACCGCACCAUGGAGCAGAUAGUGUUUCCAGUGCCCAACAUCUGUGAGUACCUGACAGAGGAGUCCAAGACGCGCGUGUUCACUACAACCGAGAGGGAUGACCAGGGCAGCAAGGUCAACGACUUCUUCACACAGUUUGACGACCUCUAUAAUGAGAUGCGCUGGCAGAAGAAGAUACGCAAUAACCUGGCUCUGUUCUGGUUCUCUCGGCACAUCUCUCUGUGGGGAAGCAUCUCUUUCUACCUAGCCGUUCUAGUCAACGUGGCCGUGGCGCUCUUCUACCCCUUUGGAGAUGACGGAGAUGAAGGCAUCCUGCCCCCCUUUGUGUCCAUCCUGCUGUGGGUGGCGUUGGUGGUGUGCACCGCCAUGCUCUUCAUCCUGCCCAAACCAGGGAGUGUCCGGCCCUUCCUUGUCUCGGUCAUACUGCGCUCUAUUUACACACUGGGCCUGGGCCCGACCCUGCUGCUACUGGGGGCCGCCAAUCUCCUAAAUAAGAUAGUGUUCCUGGUGAGCUUCGUGGGCAACCAGGGGACGUUCACGCGGGGCUACAAGGCGGUGGUCAUGGACAUGCCCUUCCUCUACCACGUGGGCUACAUCAUCGUCUGUAUGCUGGGCCUCUUCGUCCAUGAGUUCUUCUACAGCUUCCUGCUUUUUGAUCUGCUGAACCGCGAGGAGACCCUGCUGAACGUGAUCAAGAGCGUGACACGUAAUGGGCGCUCCAUCGUCCUUACGGCUGUGCUGGCCCUCAUUCUGGUCUACCUCUUCUCCAUCGUGGGCUUCCUCUUCCUCAAGGACGACUUCCUCAUGGACGUGCAACGUCUGCCAGGGAAACUGGAAACACUAAAAGAUGGCCGAGCUUCCUCCGACAAGUGUUUGAAAGACGGCUGCCCAGACUACUUACCCACGUCUGUCACCAUGAUGGUGGAGGAGGACGAUGGGACGGAGCGUGUGUGUGACACUCUGCUGAUGUGUAUCGUGACGGUGCUGAACCAGGGCCUGAGGAACGGAGGGGGAGUAGGAGACGUGCUGAGGAAGCCUUCCAAAGACGAUCCUCUGUUUGCGGCCCGUGUGGUGUAUGACCUACUGUUCUUCUUUAUUGUCAUCAUCAUCGUCCUCAACCUCAUCUUUGGCGUCAUCAUCGAUACGUUCGCCGACCUGAGGAGUGAGAAGCAGAGGAAGGAGGAGAUACUGAAGACCACCUGCUUCAUAUGUGGGUUGGAGAGGGAUAAGUUCGACAACAAGACAGUGUCAUUUGAGGAGCACAUCAGGUCAGAACACAACAUGUGGCACUACCUGUACUUCCUGGUUCUGGUGAGGGUGAAGGACCCCACGGAGUACACUGGCCCCGAGAGCUACGUGGCCCAGAUGAUCAAGGAGAAGAACCUGGACUGGUUCCCCCGGAUGCGGGCCAUGUCCCUGGUGAGCAGCGAGGGGGACGGCGAGCAGAACGAGAUGCGCUCCCUGCAGGAGAAACUGGACAGCACUGUCACACUGGUGUCCCUGCUGUCCUCCCAGCUGUCUGAGCUAAAGGAUCAGAUGACAGAGCAGAGGAAGAACAAACAGAUGAUGGGCUUCCUGGGGCCUGCUGGGGUCAACAACCACCACAUCCCAGCACACUGAGGGUAGUCCCCCUGCUAACAGAGAAAACUGCUGGAGGUACACAAAGGGGCCAUAAACACGUGUGCGCACACACACACACACACACACACACACACACACACACACACACACACACACACACACACACACAUACGUACACACACAAUAGUAUCAGAUUUAUGGGGCCUGCAGCCACUGGCCCACACGCAUAAUUUACUCAAACAGUGCUUUGUAUUCAAAGCAAACAGUGCCUUGUUCUUAGACAGUGUACUGACUCCUCACCCAGCAUCACCCUCUCACAUAUCACAUAGAACAGUACAGUGAUGUCUGCCUUUAGGACAGCACAGCUGCCCAGUCAUACUGAUCAUCCCAUGUCAGUCUUGCUGCUCUAUGAGUGAGCCUCUGAAUGAGAUGCAAGGUAUACCACACAUUGGCCAGUGUCACUAUGGCAGACUCCUGCAGACUGGAGGUCAUGGGAGAGGGUUAAAGGUUAAGUACAGUGGCCCUAUGGGCAGCAACGCUCUUUCUUCUGUAUUCUCAGUGUACUGUGUCUGUCUGAGACUAAGAUGAAGACAGAGACUGGGCUAUAACGUAGGUCAGGUAUUGGUACAUUGGGUUGGUUGGUGUUAUUCAAUUCUCUUUGGACUUGAAAGGGGCUGCUCCUUGUAUUACUGAUAGGCCCUCUUUGGAAAGGGUGUACGUGUAACUUUACGGUGAAGUAUUUUCUUCCUAGCCUGGUCUCAGAUCUGUUUGUGUUGUCUUGCCAACUCCUACGAAAAUGAUAAUUGGAGUUGGUAAUACCGCACAAACAGAUGUGGGACCAGGUUAUUCUCUUUGGAUAUGUUUUAAUAUAACCUGUUAAAUUGUGAACGGAACUGGAGUAUUACAUUUUUUAUAUUUUGGAAUUAGAAAUGGAACAUUGAUCAACUUACCGCCUGGCUGCCUUGGGGGGUAACAUUGAUCAACUUACCGCCUGGCUGCCUUGGGGGGUAACAUUGAUCAACUUACCGCCUGGCUGCCUUGGGGGGUAACAUUGAUCAACUUACCGCCUGGCUGCCUUGGGGGGUAACAUUGAUCAACUUACCGCCUGGCUGCCUUGGGGGGUAACAUUGAUCAACUUACCGCCUGGCUGCCUUGGGGGGUAACAUUAAUCAACUUACCGCCUGGCUGCCUUGGGGGGUAACAUUGAUCAACUUACCGCCUGGCUGCCUUGGGGGGUAACAUUGAUCAACUUACCGCCUGGCUGCCUUGGGGGGUAACAUUGAUCAACUUACCGCCUGGCUGCCUUGGGGGGUAACAUUGAUCAACUUACCGCCUGACUGCCUUGGGGGGUAACAUUGAUCAACUUACCGCCUGGCUGCCUUGGGGGGUAACAUUGAUCAACUUACCGCCUGGCUGCCUUGGGGGGUAACAUUGCUUUGUCAUCUCAAUCAUUAUGACUGUGAUAGUCAAUGUUCUCAAUAUCCUGCACUUUAAAAAUAACGUACAACUGGAGAAACGGAUUUGCAUAUGAUGUUACUUUGCCUUUUGUUUUACACUUUACUUGAACUCGCUGCCAUAAUGCUUCAUACCAGUUUCAUUAACAUGUCGUAAAGCUUCAUAGAAUGUGUCAGGUCUCCAGGAUAUACUAUGCCAAUGUUAUGACACAUAUACAUUUACAUGUAUUGUGGUAUUUAGCCUUAUGCUAUGAAGCUUCACGGCAUGUUUACGACGAGUUCAACUAAAGUGUUGUCGCCUUUUCUCUCAGAAGUCUCCUCCGUGAUAAUGCAAUCCCUGAACAGCAUUACGACUUUCUAUUCAUAUUGUACAUAGUCUAUAAAUAACAGAAUGAAAAGAAAAUGUAUAUGAAGAUAAUCUGAUUAUCUGUACGGAAUUUACUUGAAAUGCCUUGAGUCUUAAAUCCUAUAUUGGUACAGAAUGUAGUCAGGAGGAUUGAUUUGAAAAUCAUGUGCUUGUGUCCAAUACAGUAGAUCGUCUUAGUAACUCACUCGUGUUGAUAGAGAUGUUUGAUCAUAAUGUAAUCGUGGUGUGCGUCCCAAAUGGCCCCCUGUUUCCUAUGUAGUGCCCUACUUUUGACCAGGGCCUAGAGGGCUCAAGUAGGUGCUUCUGGGCCCUGGUCAAAAGUAGGGCAAUAUAUAGAGAAUAUAUUGCUAUUUGGGACAUAGGCAUCAACUCAUCUCAUACUGUAAUGAUCAUUCUCAAUGGUUUGUUAGGGGUUCAAACAGUGAAGCUGUGAGAAGCCCUAUUGUAUUUGUUGGCGUUCAUUAUUAUACAUCUUCUUCCGCAAAGGAAAAUGAAUACCCACAUUCCUGUAAGGCCUUAGAGGGUGCAAUUUGGCAUGAUGGUAAAGGCCCAUGGGCCCCACACCCUCUCAAGCAAUGCCAUGUCAAUUGGACUCGUGGUGGCGUUAUAACAAGCGAUUGAAGAUGCAAACUUUGAAAGGUCAUGUCCCUUACCCCGUUUGAGUCAUGAAAUUCAGUACAUAGGUCCCUCUCCUCACAAGGAAUGAAUUUGCUUCAAUGACGCAUAAGGUUUUCCAUGAUGGAUUUUCUACCAUUUCCAAUUUUUUGAUAAACAUUUAAAACGCUACUCAUCUGGCAUCGAAUGACCGAUAUGCAUGAAACUUGAUACAUGGUAUCUAUGUACCAAGUUCUCUCUAAGCAAUAUUUUACAGGAUAGCAUCUCAAACAACAUGGCCGCUAGUGACCAAUAAACAUUUAAGUUGGCGUGACCUGGCACAUAAAUGCAUAUAAAUCAGACACAGAUAUUUGUAUUGUAACAACUUCAAACACAUGUUCCAAACACUGUCAAAACUCAACAUAUGCAAGCACAUUUAGAUCAAUCACAAAGUGGCACUGUCAGGGGCACAUGAUUAUAUCUCUUGAUCUGUUUCACUCAGAUUGAUGAAAUUUGGCACACACGCUCAGGGAUCUGGGUGUAGCUAACUUGUAGAGUAUGGUUAGGUUUCCUGUAAAAACAGGAAAAAACAAUCAUGCAAGCUCAUUGGCUUAUAGUGGCCAUGUUGUUUGAGCUAGAGUCUUUGAAAAUAUGUUGUUUAAAGAUGUUCAUAGAUGCUAUGUACCAAAUUUGUUGCCAAUUGGUCAAGCUAUUUUCUGUUGUCAUUUUUAACUCUUGUAACUCAGCCAUGUAACUCAGUCACAUGGAAUUCAAUUUAAUAUGUGUGUAUAAAACUUGUUUGUCUGUAAAUGUUUUUAUCUUCCACAAUCACAUGACAGUAUGAGAGUAUGUAUGCACUUCAGAGGGGAAUGCCCUUUGACACUUUUCUGUAAACAGUGUGGUGUGUUUUAUGUUGAUCAAAUGCUAUAUUGUAAUAAAUCUAUGAUAAGAUGAGA